GCGCCACCGCCAGCCAAUCGCAGGGCGCGGACGCCGCUGGCCCCGCCCCGCGGAUCAGCUGAGGGAUCCGCAAUGUCUGUUGACAGCGGCGACGCAGCCGGUUCCGGGUUCGGCGCGGGGCGGGGGAUGUGAAUCCGAUGGAGCGGCCGGCGGAGGGCGAGCAGCCGCCGCAGCAGCAGCCGUGGGGAAGGCUCCUCCGCCUGGGCGCCGAGGAGGGCGAGCCGCACGUCCUCCUGAGGAAACGCGAGUGGACCAUCGGGCGGAGGAGAGGUUGUGACCUUUCGUUCCCUGGCAAUAAGCUGGUCUCUGGAGAUCACUGUAAAAUUACAGUGGAUGAAAAAUCUGGUCAGGUAUCACUGGAGGAUACCAGCACAAAUGGAACGGUAAUUAACAAGCUGAAGGUUGUUAAGAAGCAGAUUUGCCCUUUACAGACCGGGGAUGUCAUCUACUUGGUGUACAGGAAGAAUGAGCCAGAACACAAUGUGGCAUACCUCUACGAAUCUUUGCAUGAGAAGCAAAGCAUGACACAGGACUGCUUUGAAGCUAAUAAAGAAAACGUGUUCCACGUCACCAAAGAUACCUCAGGGGCCGGGCGAGGUGACGAGCCCCAGGUCCUGCCAUCGUCGCCCACCACUCAGGUGUGCUUUGAGGAACCACAGCCAUCAACGUCAAUGUCGGCCCUCUUCCCCACGGCCUCUACCUCUUCCACAGAGCCCACCUCUGCAGGGCGAGUGCCUCCCUCCAGCUCUGGCUCCAGAGAUGCAGAUGUCUCCCCAAAAGGGUGUGGUCCCUCCAAGGCAAGUGAUGAGAUCUCCAGCCUCCCUUCAGCUUUCCCAGACAGAGAGGGAGCAUCCUUUUCUCUGUUGGAACCCCAGGAUAAGGAAGAUUUGGAACCCAUUAAGAAGAGAAUGAAAGGAGACGGGGAGCCCAACCUGGAGCUGCAGAUGUUGGUCGCGGACCAGAGUAGAGACACCCACACAGCCCUCGAGGAUGUCAGCACUGUGGCCGUGAAGCCGGACAAGAUGGAGGAGACGCUCACGUGCAUCAUCUGCCAGGACCUGCUGCACGACUGUGUGAGGCAGGCCGUGCCCCUCGUGCCCCAGCAUGCUGCAGCCGGUGGCCCGAUCCUCUACCCUCGAGUGCCCCAGGGGGUGUCUGACACCUGUCCGUGUGUCCUCAGCCUGCAGCCCUGCAUGCACACCUUCUGCGCGGCCUGCUACUCCGGCUGGAUGGAGCGCUCUGCCCUGUGUCCCACCUGCCGCUGUCCGGUUGAGCGGAUCUGUAAAAACCACAUUCUCAACAACCUGGUGGAGGCAUACCUUCUCCAGCACCCAGACAAGAGUCGCAGUGAGGAAGAUGUGCGGAGCAUGGCUGCCAGGAACAAGAUCACUCAAGACAUGUUGCAGCCCAAAGUCAGGAGGUCUUUCUCUGAUGAGGAGGGGAGUUCGGAGGACCUGCUGGAGCUGUCGGAUGUGGACAGUGAAUCCUCGGAUGUUAGCCAGCCAUACGUUGUGUGCAGACAGUGCCCCGAGUACCGAAGGCAAGCGGGGCAGCCCCUUCCCUGCCCAGGACCCGGCAGCGAGCCAGGGGCACCCCAGGCCCCGGGGGACGCACCGUCAACAUCUGCCACUGUCACAACAGCCCAGGAUUACGUGUGCACCCUGCAGGGAAGCCACGCCAUAUGUACCUGCUGCUUCCAGCCCAUGCCCGACCGAAGGGCCGAGCGCGAGCAGGACCCCCGCAUCGCCCCCCAGCAGUGUGCUGUCUGCCUGCAGCCCUUCUGCCACCUGUACUGGGGCUGCGCCCGGACCGGCUGCCUUGGCUGCCUGGCACCAUUCUGUGAACUCAACCUGGGCGACAGGUGUCUGGACGGGGUGCUGAGCAACAACAACUAUGAGUCGGACAUCCUGAAGAACUACCUGGCAACCAGGGGUUUGACGUGGAAGAACGUGCUAGCUGAAAGCCUCGUGGCCCUGCAGAGGGGACUCUUCUUACUGUCUGACUACAGGGUCACCGGGAACACCGUGCUGUGCUACUGCUGCGGACUGCGAAGCUUCCGCGAGCUGACCUACCAGUAUCGGCAGAACAUUCCUCCAUCUGAGUUGCCAGUGGCUGUAACGUCCCGUCCUGAUUGCUACUGGGGCCGCAACUGCCGUACCCAGGUGAAGGCCCACCAUGCAAUGAAAUUCAAUCACAUCUGUGAACAGACCAGGUUCAAGAACUGAGCAUCCAGGGAGGCAUCGAGAUGGCUUGGCAGCAUCGGAGGUCACUGAUGGCGUGUUUCAGAAAAUACCGAAUAUAAACUAAAAUGUUUAUAUUUCACAGUCCCCCUCAGGGGACACUGGGGGUCUCUGUGUCCUACCCUCUGGUGUGACUUUCUUUUGUGGAGUGAGACCCUCUCAGUGAGACCCCCCGCAGCCUGGGCGGCACAACUUCCUCUGAGCCCUGGGCCACUCAGGGCGCUUCGGCUGGAAGAGCAGCCCUCAGCCGUCCCUUCCUGUCAAGAUGGCGACAUGCAGGUGUGCUCUUUGUACCUUCCCCACAGCUGUGGUUACAGCGGAUGUCUCUCUUCAAGAAAAGCUUCCUGGGAGAAGGAAAGUUUGUCAGAAGCAUUCUGCCGUUUAAGGAAAGGGAGCAGCAGUUUACAGCCCACGGGCCGUGCGGAGUGCCCUGCCGCGGGACAGCCACAGCGUCUCAUAGUUUUUUAUUUUAAUAGGUUUGGUGCUUAUCUUCUAAUAAGAUUUAAAUAUCACAAACUGUAGCACAAAUAACGUAAUUUAUAAUUUUCAAAUUGACUAAAAUUGGGGAUUGUAUGGUUUUUGAAAGAAUGUAUGUUUGCGUUUAUUAAAAAAAAUCAUCAGAUGUCCAGAACUGCUAACGCUAGACCUCCGACGUUAAGAGUGUGGCCCCUCCCGGCAGGCAUAGGUGGGUCGCCACCAUCUCGAGCCUGCGGAGGAGCAAAGCGCUGGUGCUUGCUGCAGGCCGCUGAGCGGUGCCCGUGUUCUCCGUUCCCUCUGGGCCUGUGCAGCCGUGGGCCAUGCGCAGGCCAGCCCUGGCGGCACCGCCUGCCCACAGCGCCCCUUCCCAUGCAGACGGCCAGGGGCCUUGCUUCUGCUAGUCCUUGCCUUUUCCUCCUGCGUGGGGUUUGCCGUGUCAUCUGGAAUAAUACUUGAAAUUUUAUUCUUUGUAAAAAGGAAAAAAGUUUUUAUCUUCUGUUGAAAUCACCUGUUAAGCUUGUUUGCAAAAUUGUAACUUUUGCUUCUCCUCAGGAAUACAAUUUUCCACUGUUGACUUGCUCUUGAUCAGACUCUGAGAAGCAGCGCUGUUUGUGGAAGAAGCCCCCUUCCGCGUCCUAAUAAACAAGCCGUGUCUGUCUCUCUCCCCGAA